CGUAGCUUUUCUCUCUCUCUCUCUCUCUCUCUCUCUCUCUGGCCAGUCUCCCUCUUUCGCACGUGUUAGAAAUGGUUGCAGGAGCAGAAGCAGCGCUGAAUGGCGGGAUACCGCACGUGCGCCACAGCCAGCCAUUGCCUACCACGUGCGAGGACCCUCUCAACUGGCGGAAGACUGCCGAGGCGCUGCAGGGCUGCCAUUUCGACGAUGUGCAGCGCAUGGUCGAGCGUUUCCGCCAGGUCAGCACAGUAACGCUCCAGGGAGAGAAUCUCGAGGUGGCAGACGUGGUGGCCGUCGCCAGGCGCCACGUGGAGGGCGUGAAUGUCCAGCUUGACGCCGGCUCGGCGAAGCCGCGCGUGGAGGAGAGUGCGGCCUGGGUCGCGGCGCAGACCUGCAAGGGCACCGACACGUACGGCGUCACCACCGGCUUCGGCGCCACUUCCCACCGGCGCACGAGCCAGGGAGCCGAGCUGCAGUGUGAGCUCAUCCGCUUCCUUAACGCCGGCGUCGUCGCUGGCCACGGAAACCAGCUCGCGGACCACGUGGCCCGCGCGGCUAUGAUGGUCCGCACCAAUACCCUCCUCCAAGGCUACUCUGGCAUCCGUUGGGAAAUCCUCAAUGCCAUUAAGAACCUCAUUAACGGCGGCUUCACUCCAUUACUCCCCCUCCGCGGCACCAUCACCGCCUCCGGCGACCUCGUCCCUCUCUCCUACAUCGCCGGCGUCCUCACUGGCCGUCAUAACUCUCGCGUCCGCACGCCCUCCGGCGAAAUAAUAUCAGGAUCGGAGGCGAUGAAGCGAGUAGGCGUCGAGAAGCCUUUCGAGUUGCAGCCAAAGGAGGGGCUUGCUAUCGUGAACGGGACUGCGGUAGGAGCAGCACUGGGUGCUAUCGCAUGCUACGAUGCUAACGUGCUCGCGGUGGCGUCGGAGAUCAUGUCCGCAAUGUUCUGCGAGGUGAUGCAAGGAAAGCCCGAGUUCACAGACCCGCUAACGCACCGGUUGAAACACCACCCGGGGCAGAUGGAGGCAGCAGCGGUGAUGGAGUACGUACUGGCUGGGAGUGCGUACGUUAAGCAUGCAGCCAAGCUGCACGAGUACAACCCGCUGCAGAAGCCCAAGCAGGAUCGAUACGCGCUGCGGACUUCGCCCCAAUGGCUCGGACCUCAGAUCGAGGUGAUACGUGUGGCCACCCAAAUGAUCCAACGGGAGAUCAACUCCGUCAACGACAACCCAGUGAUUGACGUGGCCCGUGACAAGGCUCUCCACGGUGGCAACUUCCAGGGAACCCCGGUCGGUGUGGCCAUGGACAACCUUCGACUGUCCGUCGCGGCGAUCGGCAAGCUUAUGUUCGCGCAGUUCUCGGAGCUAGUCAACGACUACUACAACGGAGGGCUACCGUCCAAUCUCAGCGGUGGGCCCAACCCGAGUUUAGACUACGGAUUCAAAGGGGCUGAAAUCGCCAUGGCAUCUUACACGUCCGAGCUGCAGUACCUGGCGAACCCGGUGACCACGCACGUGCAGAGCGCGGAGCAGCAUAACCAGGACGUAAACUCACUGGGUCUGGUGUCGGCAAGAAAAUCGGACGAGGCGUUGGAUAUUCUCAAGCUGAUGACGGCCACAUACCUGGCCGCGUUGUGCCAGGCCGUCGAUCUUAGGCACCUUGAGGAGAAUAUGAGGCAGAUCGUGAAGACUGUUGUCGCCCAGGUGGCGAAGAAGACGCUCAGCACGGGGCCGAAUGGCGAGCCGCUCCCGGGCCGGUUCACGGAGAAAGACCUGCUCUAUGUGGUGGAAAACGAGCCGGUCUUCAACUACAUCGACGAUCCGAGCCGUCCGGAUUACCCACUUAUGCAGAAGCUCCGGCAGGUUCUUGUUGAACACUCGCUCAAGUGUCCGUCGACAGAUGCCGAACCCGAUUCGUCCCCGAAGACCGACAUCUACGGUCGGAUAAAGCUCUUCGAGGCUGAGCUCAAAGAGCAGCUGGAGGCACAGGUUAGACUCACACGUGCCAACUAUGACAAGGGAUCGCCGCUCGUGCCGAAUCGGGUGGCUGAGUGCCGGUCUUACCCGGUCUACCGGUUCGUGAGAGGAGAGCUGGGGACGGAGCUACUGAGCGGGACGAAACCCGUGUCGCCUGGUGAACAGAUCGAGGCCGUGCAUGCGGCGAUCUGCGAUGGAAGGAUCGUGGGACCGUUGAUGGAGUGCAUGGAGGGGUGGGACCGGAGGCCUGGUUCGCUGUGAUUCGAGGUAGGAAUCUCUCUUUGAGUCUUCUUUUCUUUUCUUUUCUUUUUUAUUUUACCCGCUUGGUUUGAAAUGAAUAAAUUGUUGUAUCAAAGAAAUCUGUGUGAUAGAACGAAUUGAAACUGUUUUCUUCUCUCUAUUUCCAUCUCUCUUUUUCUUUUUUCUUUUUUAAUGCAGCGAGUUUGUAUUAGAGAUAUUAACUCUUUUUAGGCUGCUCCGAUACAGGGCCCAGGUAAUUAGGAUGUUCUUAUA